GGUGUAGCCCACUGUCCGAUGCGUUCAGAUUGCAAAUCACCCAGCGCAAUUUCACAUAGUGUUUGCAACUAUACCAUGUGGUGGACCAUGAAAUGAACAGAAGCAAGCCUUUUAGCGCCAAGCAGAAGAAAAAACAACUGCAGGAGAAGAGGAAUAAGAAAAAGGAGACAGGGCCCAGAUUUGGGGGCAGGCAUGGGGCAGCAUAUGGAGGCGAUGAUGAGACCCAGGAGAAAGAGAACGAGCCACAGGAGUCAAGGACAGGCACCACCAUGAAGGACGUCCUGAAGGUCAACCAACAGCCAGGGGACAAACAGAAGAUGUUUGAUGCUAAUAGGUAUCGCCUCCACUUCUUCCAAGAGGACAGAGCCAAUAUUGAAGCCAAGAAGAAAAGAGCCAGACAGCCUUAUAGGCAGCUCCCUGAGCAUGAGAUGGAGGUUGAUUUUGAUGCAGACCUGGAGACGGCCAUGGAUAUCCCCAUACGGCCGGCCUGGUAUUACUCCCAAUCCAAACAACAAGUGGAGGCUAACGAAGAGAAAUACUUCAGGGAGUAUGUAGAGAAGCUGUUGGGCGACCAUGGGGAGGAGGGACUCAGUUACUUUGAGCUCAACCUCGAGACCUGGCGUCAGUUGUGGCGCGUACUGGAGAUGUCUGACGUAUUCCUCGUCAUCGCUGACAUCCGCUACCCGGCCAUUCAUUUCCCCCCGGCCCUGUACAGACAUAUCACCCAUGACCUUAAGAAGUCGGCCAUUGUUGUUCUCAACAAGGUGGAUCUUGUCCCACCGCCAUUGGUGGUUGCCUGGCAGCAGUAUUUCAAACAACGAUUUCCAUUGGUCGAUGUUGUCUGCUUUUCUUCUUUUCCAAAAAGCAAAGAGGAGCUUGGGGUUAUGACUGGAGCCCUUGGAAAAACUGUUUUCAAGAAGCGAAGGAGGGGUACCUAUAAAGCCAUGGGGCCAAAAGAGCUACUACAACUGUGUCAGAAUAUUGUAGGUGCAAAAGUGGACUUGACGAGUUGGGAGAAAAAGAUAGAAGCUGACCAGACUGAGAUUGCUGAUGAUGAUGGAAGUGACAGUGAUGAAGAUGAUGAUGAUGACCAAGAUGUGGAAACGAUUGAUGAUGCUGCUGUUGGUGAUGAAGCAAGCAGAUUGGGAGAGGGUCUCACCAGACAUGAUGCUUUCAGUAACGGGGUGUUGACAAUCGGCUGUGUGGGUUUCCCGAAUGUUGGCAAAUCUUCAGUUAUCAAUGGCUUGAUGGGUAAAAAGGUUGUAAGUGUAUCGAAGACUCCAGGCCACACCAAACACUUCCAGACAAUAUUCCUCACUCCUACUGUACGUCUGUGUGACUGCCCUGGUCUUGUGUUUCCUUCUAAGAUCGACAAAAACUUACAAAUCCUGGGAGGUAUAUUCCCUAUCGCCCAGGUGAGGGAGCCCUUCUCUGUGGUUGGCUACCUGGCCCAGCGCCUGGAUCUUCCCAAACUGCUCAAGCUGAAACCUGUAGACGAGGAUGCUGACCCCCGCAACCACAAGUGGACCCCACUGGAUGUCUGUGAAUCCUGGGCGCAGCAGCGUGGGUUCUAUACAGCAAAGGCAGCCAGACUGGACGGCAAUCGGGGAGCCAAUAACCUGCUAAGGCUGGCUGUAGAGGGAAGGCUGUGUCUGUGCCUGUUUCCUCCAGGAUACACAAAGAAGAAAGAGUUGUGGUCAGAACAUGGUGACACAGAAGCUUUUGUUGAGCUGCAAAGCAAAUACACAAAACGAACUCAAGUCUCUGCCGACUCGGAAGAAGAAGUUGCUGAGUCAUGCUCUGAUGAGGAGGAGAAUGAAGAGUCAGAUGAAGAGAGGGAACCACACAAAGGCAGGGGAGGCAAUCUUGUGUCUUUGAAUCCAUUUGCACUUUUAGGCGAUGAUGAUUGAAAUAUGGUACAAUGUUAAAACAAUUUGUCUUUGGGCUUGUAAAAAGAAAAUUUGUUCGGAUUAAAUGUUAAUCUGUCCUGUUCAGGGAUUGAUCACUUA